CGACCCAUGCCUGAGGGCUCGAUGGUGGCCAUCCCGAGGCCGUCGCCGCUGGCGCUCGCCGCGCCGCCGUCGCCGCAGUUUUCGCCGGCCGAGUCGGAGGAGAAGGCGACGGCCACCGACUCUGAGCCGGCCCAGUCGCCGGCCGGCCGGCCGUCGGACACACCGCGCUCGCCGGAGCCGCGCUCGGCGCCGUCGCCCGGCCUCUCGCCGCUGCACAUCAAGUCAGAGGUGUGCUCGGUCAAGGAGUCGCCGCAGGUGCCGGCAGAGAGCCUGGAGUGCGCCGAGGAGGCCGGCCGCUCGCCAGCGGGCGACUCCGACCGCCACGAGCGGGCCACGACGCGCUCGGAGCCGGCGCUGUCGCUGCUGCCGGAGGCGCCGGAGCCGCGUCGGCCAGACUCGGUGCCGCUGCAGCUGACGUUCGACUUUGAGCCGCCGCCGGGCGCCGUCGAUGCGGCGCCGAGCGGGCCGCCGGUGGCGCCCGACCAGCUGCAGCUGCAGCGCGUCCGCCGCCGGCUGGAGCAGCUGGCCGGGGGCGCCGGGCCGCAGACCGACCCGGGGCCGGCCGACACGGCCACACCAGCUGCAGUGGACCGCCGCCCGCCGGCUGACGCUGCAGAGCAGUGGACGCAGCCGGCGGCAGCGGGGCCGCGGCGCGACCGCGCGGAGGCGGAGGCGGAGGCGGAGGUGGCGCCGCUGGUGGCCCGUCUGCGGAGAGCCGUCGCGGUCGGGCCGCCGGCUGCGCUGAAGGCGCUCAAGACUGAACUGGUGGACGGCCCUGGCCGGUCUGCCGAACUGUUCCAACGAGUCUGCUCGCAAAUGCUGGCCGGCGGCCGCCUCUCGCUGCCGGAGCGGCACGUGGUGCACAGUGUGGGCGCCACGCUGCUGGUGCGCGCGCGCGCCGCCGCCGCCUGGACAGACGCCCACCUGGCGGCCACCGCGCUGCUCUCCUGUCGCAUCAACCUGCUGCAGGCGGUCGAGCCGGCCGGGCCCGUGCCGCGACACUGCACGGCGUUCCGGGUGUGUCUCACUGUACUGGAGGCGCUGCUGCACUCGGGAAACGUCAGCGACGCAUUCCACUUCGCCAAAGGUUACGGGUUUUUCCCGACGACGCGCCGCUCGCAGCUGUCCACACUGCUGCCGGUGCUGAGCGAGCUGGUGCGCCGGCUGUCGGCCGCCGGCCUGGUGCCGGCCGCCGUCAGCCUACUCGACUGGCUGGCAGAGCGGUCUGAGCGCGACAGACAGCUCUUCGACGACGACUACCGGCUGCUCGUGGACUUUGAGCGUCUGGUGAACGUGGCGCUGCUGGCGGCGCUGCGGGCCGGCCGCCCGGAGGUGGCGCUGCGCCUGCACACACUGGCCGUGGACCAGGGCGUCUGUCUGUCCACCGAGAGCCUGCGCCAGACGCUGCACCUGCGCCUCGACCGGCGCCACUUCAGCCACGUGCGCGACCUCUACAACCUGGGUAUCGCCAUCGGCGUCUACCCGCACCAGAAGGUGUUCAGCCCGCUGCAGGUGCGUCUGCCGUGCUGGCUCUCGCAAGAGGAGAUGGUCGUGGCACUCGAGGAGUACGUGCGCUCGGUGGUGGCCGACUUUGGCGGCGUGCCGCCCGUGCAGCCGCUCACGGUGCUGCUGUUGGCCGAGGGCGGGCCGCCGGCACCGCUCGGCAGACCGCUGCUGCCGGAGGACGCCGGUGUGCGGCUGCAGCAGGCGUGCUCGCUGCUGGUGCCGCCGCUGCGGCUGCAGCCGGGCGGCGGGCCGCUGCAGUUCCUCGUCACGGCCGAGUCGCUGGUGGACAAACUGAUGACGCAGGCGGCCAGCCAGCGGGGCCGCGUGGCGUCCGCGCCGGGCCUAGUGCGCGUCUGGGACGCGCCGCCGGGACGCUGAGUGCCGGCCGGGCGCGCCUCACGCCCGGCUGGCCAGCCGAGUUCGAUACGGCGCUGUCCUCUGAGGGACGGACGGACCGCGGCGAGGCGGCGGCAGGGAGUGACAGUGCGAGGGAGUGGGUGUUUGAGUGGGUGUGGCAGUGACUUGGUGACGGCGUGAGUGUGAGUGAUUCAGUAAGUGCGAUGGAGAUCGGGUAAAUGAGUGAGUGAGUGGGUGACUUAGUGUGGGUGAGUGAGUGAGUGAGUGAGUGAGUGGACUGGGCGGGCUGUGGUCGGAGAGUGACUGGACUGGAAGUGCCCAGUGGGCGGGCUGUGGCCGGAGAGUGACUGGAAGUGCCCAGUGGGCGGGCUGUGAUCGGAGGGUGACUGGAAGUGCCCAGUGGGCGGGCUGUGGUCGGAGGGUGACUGGAAGUGACCAGUGGACGUGCCCAGUGGACGGGCUGAGGUCGGAGGGUGACUGGAAGUGCCCAGUGGCCGGGCUGUGGUCGGAGGGUGACUGGAAGUGCCCAGUGGGCGGGCUGUGGUCGGAGGGUGACUGGAAGUGACCAGUGGACGUGCCCAGUGGGCGGGCUGUGGUCGGAGGGUGACUGGAAUUGCCCAGUGGACGGUUACCGUUGCGGCAGUGAGGCAGGUCGGGGACGCCGGCCGUCCGGGCGAGCCCGCCCGCUGCGCUGCGGACCGGCAGCGGCCGGUGGGCUCUCAGGGAGUAUACCGAUUCUCAGGGCCACCUCCGCAGGCUGCCAGCUCUGAACCGGACCGAGUUACGGCCGCGGCUAUCAUACCGUGGGACACUUCCACUAGCUGCCUGCGGUAUCUAGUCCAGCUCUGCAGUGUGUGACUGGUUUGUCAGUAACAAUGGCCGUUGUUAAUUCAUUCAGAUUUCUAAUUAGACAUAACAGCUGUGGUGAAAUGCUUCUGAUGAUUGAUCGUAUCGUUAUCGGAAAACAUUUUACCGGAAAAUGAUUUCUUACGUUUGUACGAAUAAUAAACUACGUUUCGUUUC